GGGAAGAAUGAGGCGGGGUUUGGCGUUUGUCGCGGUCCCUCGUCCUCGGGGAGGGUCGGGCUCCCCCCGCGAAAGGAGCGGGCCCAGGGAGUGGCGGGCGCCGCAAUCAACUCAAAUUGCCAGGCUACCUCUCAGCCAAUGGCCGGAGCGCCUGUCCGCCGCCAGCCAAUUGGAGCGCGGCACUCCUCGCCGCCAGCCAAUAGGCGUGGGGGGGCGGACCUUGGAGUAACGCUCGGAGAGGCGGCGAUGGCCCCGGAGCGCGGUGAGCGCUCGUUCCCCGCCGGUACCGAGGGUCUUCCCCGGGUUUUCCUGCAGAGCCUGCGGACUCUUUUCGAUAUCCUGGAUGACCGGCGGCGGGGUUACGUGCACCUACGGGAGAUCGAGUCGCGGUGGCGGGGGGCGGAAGCCCGGGAGCUGCCCGCCGGGGUGAUGGAGGGGCUGAGGCAGGCGGCGCCGGCCAGCGGGUACCUCACCUUCGAGAGGUUCGUUUGGGGGCUGCGGGCGGCCCUGCCUGGCGCUGAGCUCCCGAUGGAGGGUGGCAGCAGCGGACGGCGGAGCGUGGAGAAGCCGCCAAGCCCUCGCUGUUCCGAGGAGCGGCGGGGAAAGAGCACCCGGCAGCGGGAAGCGGGGCACGGCCAGCCCCGAGGCCGCGGUGGUGAUGCAAAGUCUGCUGGGCAGUCCCAGGGAGACAGUGACCACCCGGGGGCUGGGGACACUCAGAGGCAUCAGAGAGGCCGUGCAGAACACCGGAGACACACCAUCACCAAUGGCGUGGACUUCAGCAUGCUGAAGUACAUGAAGGAGCUGGAACAAGAGAAGGAUUUCCUGUUGCAGGGCCUGGAGCUUAUAGACCGGGCUCGAGAGUGGUACCACCAGCGCAUCCAGCUCAUGCAGGAGCACCAGCGACUCCUGGGGAAGAAGAGAACCAGUGCUGAUUUCCCUGAGGGUGGCCAGACCCACCUGGGGCACCUGGUCCCCAAGCUGCAGGAGGUGAACCGCUGCCUGGAUGACCUUCUUUCCACUGCUGGCAAGACAGCAAACCCCUCCUCAGCCCUUAGCAGGCUGGUCCCUGUGACAUCCCCAGCCUCCACAGGCUCCCAGCAAGUCAUCAACAUGCUGAAGGAGCAGAAUCGGCUUCUCACCAAGGAGGUGACUGACAAGAGCGAGCACAUCACCCAGUUGGAGCAGGAGAAAUCUGCCCUGAUCAAGCAGCUUUUUGAGGCUCAUGCCCACAACAACCAUGAGAUGAGCCAGCUGGACUCCACCUUCAUCUAGCACAUGCCUCCCCCACCCCAUCCCCAAACUUCCCUGGGGGCUUCAAGGGACUCUUGCCCCAAACUCAUCACACCCGCUGCUCCAGGUGUUGUGUCUCAAGGUCUGCAGCUGCCAGUGGCAUCUCUGUGGGAGGAAGCCAGGACCCCUCUUGGGGAACAUCCCUGCCCUGCUGAUGGCUUAUCAGCCAUGCUGCUCUCAAGCUGCUGCUUUCCUGUCUCUAAAUGGGCUUUAGGGGUGCUGUCCCAGCCAUGUGACCCCCCCAGCAUGCGAGAGACAUGGCUGCUGUCUGUGCUGCCUGUGUGGGGUGAGCUGCUGUGGCCUUGCUGACUUAGGCUAGAUUUGGGUGCUCUUGGCAAAAAGUGAUGCAUCUUCAACACUCCAGCCAGCAUCUCCAGACAAGUCUGGCCCUUAGAGGGUGCUGGCUUCUGCUUGUCCUGCCUUGGAAGACAAGAUUGGAAAUCCAAGGAGGCAUGCCUGGCCCCUCUCUGCAGCCCGUGUUCUGCCUGCCAGAGACACUGUCCCGGCCCUGUAGUGCCCAGUCUGGCAGUCCUCAUGGCAACCUCUGUCAUGUUUGCAGUAGUGAUACCAUAGUUGCUGUUUACAUGUCUGCAGGCUCCUGUAGGGAAUGAACCAUAGACCCAGCCAAGAUAGUCUACACAUCUGAGCUGCUGUUUUGGGCUGUUGACAAGUUGAGACAGACACCUCACCCUUUACCUGGCUUGACUUGGCAAAUACUUCCUGAUGUCUGCCAGGAUUAGAUUCUUUUCAUGGUGACUGUAAAAGGAGAAGUGAUGUUCCAUGGCCUGAGGAUGCUCACGUCACCCUGACCUCACAGAGGGGCUUUAAAACUUGGUUUUGUAUUUAACCGAGUGUGGGACACAGUAGAGGCUGACAGGCUCUUCCCUGUGCACAUCUCCACAUGGAGAAAUGGCGGCUCUGCCUCAUAUGUUGUGGAGGUUACUGCCAGGGUUGACACCCUGACUGUGAGCUGCACUGCUCUGCAGCUCUCCUGAGCGGUGGUGGUGGUCUAGGAUGGGUCCUAUUAGAUGGCACAUCUCAGGACUCCUCCUGCUUCCCACCCAGCUCGACAAUGCUUGAGCUGUGACAUUCGACUGUGGCUUGGUGCUUGGUAUUUGUGGUACUUUCACUGGGGAUCCCAUGUAGUGCAGCCUGGCCAUCUGUACCCUCAAGGCCAGGACCUUUCUCUCUGGGGUUGUUUCAUGCUCUGAUCCUCCAGGCAUGAUGCUGUGGUGCUGAGCUGAGCUGAGCAGAAGGUGCUGACUCUGCCCUGAGCUGGCACAUGUAGGCCAAUUCUGUUCUCACUCCUCUUCUUAUCUGUCAGGACUCUCUGCCCCAUCCAGCUGUUCUCUUUGAGACUGAUCCUGAGGUAAAGCUCACUGUAAGGCAUGAAUCCCUCCUCUGCCCUUGUGCCUGCAGCUGGAGUGGGGAUCAGCAGAGUGUCAGGGUGAUGGUGGAGGAGAAGUAACAAGGCCAUGGCUAGUCAUGUCCCCUGUCUGCAGGAGUUGGGUGUUAGUUGUCCCCUGGGCAUCAGUGCCUGCCAUCCUUUUUGUGAUACUUCCUCUGGUGUCCAGUGCCUGUUUUGCCUGAGGUUUAAUUAGAACUGACCUUUUUUUAUGAGGGUUACCUAUCUGUAGGGAUAAUAAAGUGGGGUGACCUAUUUAAUUUAUCCUUCUGUCUCUCCCUAAAUCAGCCCAUCUACUGCUGCCAGCCCUGAAGUCCCUGACUGUCCUGUCUCUCAGAAUGCAGGGGGACUGAAGCUGCAAUCUGGUGAACAAACAAAGAGCCUGGGGGUCUCUGCACCUGGACAUGUUUCCAUGUCCUUUCCCAUUACCUCUGGGCUUCCCAGGGACUGGGGAUCCCCUGUCCCCUUCUGUGGGGCAGGGUCUUAAAGCCACUUGCACUCCUUCCGAGUGCUGUAGCCUCAUCUGUCUACUCCUCCAGAAGCUGUGCUUGGGGCUCUCACUGCUCAGUCAGUGCUGGUGCAAUUUACCACUUCUUACUUGCUUAUAAGUACCCUUUCUCAGAGCUGCCCCACAGUGGUGGCAACAGUGGCUGGUGCUCUGCGGUGACUUUCCCACAGGGUCAGCCACAGGGGACCUCAGUGGCAUGGCAUGUGUGAUACAUGUCCCUCUGCCCUGCGCUGAGAUGGCAGCUCUCAUGGGGUGAACAUGAGGCUCUGCACUGAUUGGGGCACCCUCCUUUCCCAAGCUGUGGGGUGAACCCUGCAUCCUGCAGAGGCUGAGCCUCCCCUGCGGGGACCAGAGCCAAGAGGGAGACCCUAGUCCACUUACCAGCAGCUGGCAGAGGGAUCUCUGCCAUGGCCUCUUCUGGGUGCUGCUUAGGGCAGUCACUAGUCCCAGCUGGGGCAGGAGGAGGGUUGGUAAUUGCCUUGGUUCCCAUUUCAUGCUUUUGCUUGGGUGUGGAGCUCAUGAGGGCUUCCAAAGGAAAAGUAGAGUCAUGGUUCCCACUCCAGGCUGCUCCGUGCAGAGCCAGGGCAGCUCUUUCUGCCCCAGCCUAGGGGGGUUGUCCCAGCCCUGGCCAGCAGCACUGCCCCCCACCCCACUUUCUGUGAGACUGCUGCAGGUUGCAGGGUAGCCCUGGCAGGGCCACGGUCCUCUGGGACCAGGUUUCCCCUGAGAACUGCAGGGCUCACCUCAAGCUGUCACUCUGGCCUGGCCGCAUUGUUUCCAGGUCCCUGAUGGACCUGACCCCCCCUGUGGGUCUGGGCUGUGUCCACUUUGGCACCUGUAACUGGCAGCUGCCUCAAGAGCCAUAUGACCUGUGUUUGGGGCCAGGUCUAUAAGUGAUGUCAAUGCUGGGACACAUGGGCGAAUACCUUCCAUUCUCUUCAGGCUUUUUCCUGCUGGAACUGGAUUUGCAUAGAUCUGUUACACCUCCAGGACUCUAAUAGCUGUUGGAAUCUACUGUGUGAAGCUGUGGUUACUGGGAACAGCUGGAGCAGGGUUCUACUGUCUCCAGCCUGGACAGCUCCUGCCAAACCACCUCACUUCCCCACGGCCCUCCACACUGGAGGUUGUCACAUGCAAGUGCAACACCAUGGAGUCAACAUGGGCAUUUAUGGUGGGUGCCAAGGUAGCGUUGCAAUGGGAGGGUCCUCACUGCCAGAGCCUGGAGCUACUCUCUGAGCAGAGUGAGCCCUCUCCUGAGCUCAGUCUGGAGGUAUGCCUGGCCCCGGGGCUGCCCAGUGAUGCAGGAUCCAGAUCUGCAUCCUCUGUCCUCAGCCAUGAUGUUUGGGGAGGAUCCA